AUGCCCGCAUCGCCACCGAGCUACCCAUCGCCUUGGAUGAACCCUAAUGUGGUGGGUUGGGAAGAAGCCUACGAGAAGGCCAAGUCGUUCGUCUCCCAGAUGACACUGUUGGAGAAGGUGAAUUUGACGACCGGCACAGGCUGGGAAAGUGAUCAAUGCGUCGGGAACACUGGGUCUGUGCCUCGGUUGGGCUUCAAUGGAUUCUGCACUCAGGACUCGCCAGUGGGCGUCCGGUUAACUGAUUACAAUACAGUAUUUCCUGGGGGGGUGACGGCCGCUGCCACGUGGGAUCGAUCUCUCAUGUACGCUCGCGGUCUGGCGAUGGGUCAGGAACAUCGUGGGAAAGGCAGCACUGUCCAACUGGGCCCGGUUUGUGGCCCUCUAGGUCGUGCCCCCGAGGCUGGGCGGAAUUGGGAGGGGUUCUCGCCAGACCCAGUCCUGACGGGUGUUGGGGUUUCGGAGACCAUCAAGGGAAUCCAGGACGCCGGUGUGAUUGCAUGUGUGAAACACUUUAUCGGCUACGAGCAGGAGCAUUUCCGUAGCGCUGGUCAGGAUGGAGUCGUCGCAUCGUAUUCAUCCAAUGUUGACGACCAGACAAUGCACGAGCUGUACCUUUGGCCCUUUGCCGAUGCCGUCCGCGCAGGUGUUGGUUCCGUCAUGUGCUCAUACAAUCAGCUCAACAACUCAUACGCAUGUCAGAACUCCAAGGUGCUCAACGGCUUACUCAAGAAUGAGCUUGGCUUUCAGGGCUUUGUGAUGAGUGACUGGACCGCUCAACUUACUGGCGUUGCGAGUGCAGUAGCUGGUCUCGAUAUGACGAUGCCCGGAGACACCGCAUUCGACUCAGGUCUGAGUUUCUGGGGCGCAAACCUGACCUUGAGUGUAAUUAACGGCACUGUUCCUUCGUGGCGGAUCGACGAUAUGGCCAUGAGGAUAAUGGCUGCCUACUUCAAGGUCGGCCGUACUCUGGAGGACCAGCCACCCGUCACCUUUGAUUCGUGGUCUUUCGCUACAGAAGGCCCCCUUCAUUUUGCUGCGAACGAGGGCUACCAACAGAUCAAUUACCAUGUCGAUGUGCGUGGGAACCAUGCAAAGGUGGCCCGGCAAGUUGCUGCUGAAGGGUCCGUGCUGUUGAAGAAUAACGGUAUCCUUCCCCUCAAGAAAGUGAAGCAGAUUGCCGUGAUCGGAUCCGAUGCCGGCCCGAAUUUGGACGGACCCAAUGGUUGUAGUGACCGGGGUUGUGAUAACGGGACUCUGGGCAUGGCUUGGGGUUCGGGCACUGCCAACUUUGCCUACCUUGUCACACCAGAUGCUGCCCUGCAGGCCCGGGCUAUCCAAGAGGGUUCGGCGUACCAGGCCAUUUUCGACGACUAUGUAACCGACGAUUCAAACACGCAACAAGGUAAUGGCCUCACUGCGAUCCCGGAUUUGGUCUCACAAGCUGAGACUGUAUCCAUUGUCUUUGUCAACGCCGACUCAGGUGAGGGCUAUAUUACGGUUGGCGGGAAUAUCGGUGAUCGCAACAAUUUAACCCUUUGGCACGGCGGCGAUGACCUGAUCAGGAAUGUGUCGGCCCUGUGUGACAAGACCGUUGUAGUGAUCCACUCUGUUGGCUCUGUGAUAGUCGACGACUGGUUCAACAACCCGAACAUAUCCGCUGUUGUCUGGGCCGGUAUCCCGGGUGAGCAGUCUGGUAAUGCUAUUACAGAUGUCCUUUACGGAGACGUCAACCCGUCAGGCAAAAGUCCCUUCAGCUGGGUCUCCGAUCGCACUCAGGUGCCCGAUGUCAUGUACGAGCCCAACAACGGCGAUCUGGCACCACAGAUCGACUUUACAGAGGGUGUCUUCAUUGACUACCGCGCCCUAGAUAAGGCGGAUAUCAUUCCCACGUUGGAGUUUGGUUUCGGCCUCAGCUAUACUACGUUCGAAUACUCCAACAUUCAGGUCAAGAAGAACUCGGCCCCUCCGUAUAAGUCGACCACAGGUAGGACCAUCCCUGCGCCUACGCUCGGCACCUUCAGUACGGCUUUGUCCGACUAUUUGUUCCCUGGGACUUGGAAAAACGUGUUAUACUUCAUCUACCCGUACUUCAACAGUACUGAUCCCGCAAAUAUUGCUGGGACGAGCGCCCUCGAGUCCGCCUGCAAGUUUCUGCCCCCGAAUGCGACUGAUGGAAAGCCCCAGCCGUUCCUACCUGCGGGUGGUGGGCCCGGUGGUAAUCCACUUCUCUAUGACGAGCUGUACACCGUGACAGCCGCCAUCAAAAACACCGGUUCUGUCGCCGGCGCCGAGGUCCCGCAGCUGUACGUUAGCCUUGGCGGUCCCAACGACCCCAAGGUUCAGUUACGAGGUUUCGACAAGCUGUUUUUAAAUCCGGGCGAGACAGGCGAGUUCUCUGUCCAGCUCACCCGUCGGGAUAUAAGUAACUGGGAUGUUGUCACCCAGAACUGGUAUAUCAGCGACUAUCCAAAGAAGGUUUAUAUUGGAGCGAGUUCGAGGAAGCUUCACCUUAGCGCUUGGCUCAAUUAA